ACACGUAGGUCAACUCCCCGUAUUUUCUGAGUGUUUUUGUUGUUGCUGUUUUUAGCUUCCUGUCUAUCAUGGCUAUAAUUACGCCAAGAUGAAGCAAACGUGAAAAAUGCUAGCAGGCAGCUAAGGUGGUAUUUUCACGGUGUUUAUUAUCAUUAUUAUUUUUAUUAUUAUGAUUUGUUAUGCUCGUGACGCUUUUACACGCACACGUGUUUUAUUGCCUUUAAGCGUCGUGAAGGUUCAGUGUAGUGUGUCUAUGACUGCCCUGCCCAAGAUGGCCCCUUGCUGGAGCUUCAGUUCUUCUGUAUCAAUGACACUGCAACACUGCAGCGCCUAAAUCUCGCCUCUCCUUCCCUAUGACCUGCACGAUUUAUGCACAACUAGAUUCUGUGGAAUCGCCUCUGGACGAGCACCCAUAUAUGUUUUAUCUGGGCCUAUUCUUUGUGAACGUGCUGGUCCUUUACUAUGCCUUCCUCAUGGAGUACAUCGUCCUGAAUGUGGGGAUAGUUUUCCUGCCAGAGGACAUGGACCAGGCCCUGGUGGACCUCGGGGUCCUGUCCGACCCGGCGUCCCUGCCCUACGACACGGACGCAGACCUGGACGUGCUGGAGGGCUACCUGGAGUGAUGGAGUGGUGCUGAUGAGGGAUGCAGAGGUCAGGGACGAACUGGGCCUGGUCAGACCUCAUUGGAGGGAUGGAAGGUGGUCUCGCUAGAUAACCACCAAGUCUUCCACUCCAGUCCUCGGGAAGAGACCUGGACUCUUAGCUUUGCGUCCUCCACGAGGGACACGGGGACGGGAAGUGGCGAGCACGUUUCAGAGUGUGCACACCCUGAACGUCAUCAAGACAAUGCAAGUAAUUGCUCUCGAUGAACUUAAUUAGCCAGGAGAAUGUUGUGUGGCGGACUCUCACGCUAGGAAAAGUGGGUGACAGGAAGUACGACGUGUGUUCAUCAGAAGCCUGGCCAAGUAUGACACGCAUUAAGAACAUUUGUUUUUGCGCUCAUAGAGACUUUUAGUAAAAAUCACUUCAGUUAGUUUUGCACAAGAAUUAUUAGGGGUGUGAAUGUUUGGGCAGUCCCAUUCCUGCUAUUAUUUAGUGUAAUAAUUACAAUGAGACUCAUUUAAAAUACCUCCUUUUUAAAAAUGGAAUCUUCCAAAAAAAAAAAUGUAAAUGUUUUUCUUAACUAAAAAAAAAAACUACACAUUUUUAAUUAUUUUUUUUAAUACAUUUAUGAAAGUUAUGAAUGGAUUUAAAAUGGCGAUUGCACCCCUAAUAACAACUUGAAUUAUUAUGCAUACUAAUUAUAAUUUUUAAAUGAACAGGACUCUUGAUGCUGUUUUUAUUUUCAUCCCUAAGGAUUUUGGUUUUAUGUUCACGUUACCUCGAAGCAAUAACGACAAAUUGUUUCAUUAUCCGCGUUCUGCGAAAGAAGUCACGCACAGAUUCCGCUCGUUGGCGAGUGAAAUAAAACCAUGUUUGGCAGAGAAA